AUGAGUUCGGAACAAGCUCCAACCAAGGGGCAGCUUGCUCCUGUCAUCAGGGCUACAGACCAUAACGGAACGUUGGUGGACACCGAGUCUGUGCGAGGUCAACGGCCCGUCGUGGUGUUCUUCUUUCCGCGAGCGUUCACCGUGGGCUGUACCCGAGAAGCGUGCGCGUUCCGUGACUCUUAUUCGGCUUUCGAAACUCUGAACGCAAUGGUGGUAGGCGUAUCAGCUGAUUCCCCACAGGUUCUGCGGGAGUUCGCGCAGCAACAUAAACUUCCGUUCCACCUUGUUUCGGAUACCGACGGGAGCCUGCGCAAACUCUUCCAAGUGCCCAGAUCCCUGUUCGGUCUUCUUUCUGGGCGGGUUACCUAUGUCAUCGGACGGAGCGGCCGCAUUCUGGAUAUAUUUAAUAGUCAGCUCAGUUGGACCGAACACGUAAACGUGGCGAAGAAGGCUAUCGCUGCAGAGGAGGCCGCUACAUGA